GAUAUCAGAGUCACGUCAUUUUAACGACACUUCCCUUUUUCCUACUGGAAUUACCAUUGACACAACAAGAAAAAUUUCAGUAUUUUUCAAAAUUUCCAAAGUAAAAUUCGUUUGCUUUGUGUUUUAGUCAAUCAGGGAAAAAUUCAAACAUCUUAAAAAAAGCAUAUCCAGAUAUUGAAUAGGAUUAACGUUAAACGAAACUAACGAGUAAACAAAUCAUGAAAUUCAGGGCAUGUGAGCCAUCUUUUGCGGGAUCAGGACGUCUUGCACUGGGACCGCCCCCACCGAAAGGUUUCUUUGCUAGCAAAUUGAAUAUGGCAAUUUUGGCAGCAACAAGUGGUGCCAUUGCUUUAUUUAUGGCCGCAAAAGCUGGUCGUGAGAUGGUGGCGAAUGAAAAUAAAAUGUGUCUGAUUGGGACAGAUACAAACGAUGGCUCCGGUUACACUGAAGGGACAGAAGGCGAGGAUAAUGAUAAUUCGGGGGAUGUUAAUGAGAAACCGUUGCUAUAUAACCCGAAAUUAGCACAAGCAUUUCGUGGUGGAUUUAAUCAGCAUGUGGUACAUUCGGCUGCACUAUUGGCUGUACCUUAUGUUGCAAGUCAACCAGCUAUUACGACAACUCUAUUGGUUGCUGGAACGAUAAUAUUCUGUGGAACACAAUAUCAUAGAGCAUUCAAUCGUGAUCCAGAUUGUUGUGAAGGAGCCCUGAUGUUGGGUACAAUUACACUAUUGGGUGCAUGGUUAUCGUUCCUGAUCUAAAUUUGGUUCAUAUUUCCUUGAUAUCUAAGAAAUUCAAGUUUGCAUAUUUACUUCCCCUUUUCCUGGUAUUUUAGUCAAUAAAAAAUUGAUAUUGGUCGCUGA